AUGCAACUCCGACACAAUUGUCUUGGUACAUGGUGCGGUAUGUGGCACUUCUUUGUGCUGGGUACCAGCGACUCUGGGAAACUUGCUGGAGACGUCAACCACCUUUGGCCGGGAAACGGCACUCACGAUGUUCCGUUUAUUAUAUCAUGGAAUGAAAAUGAUGCAUUAAAUGCCCGCAAUUAUGAUGCUGAGAGGAAAGGCAUCAUUAUAGCUAUCUCAGGCAUGUCAACCCUCUCAGUGGCUUUUGCAUCGAGUGCUUAUUCAGGAGAUUUGUCUGCCAUUUGUCAUCAUUUUGGAGUUUCUGAUGAGGCUGCGACACUGGGUUUAUCGCUUUAUGUCCUGGGAUUCGCGAUAGGGCCGCUACUAUGGGCCCCUCUGAGUGAGGCGUUUGGCAGGAGAAUCAUGUUCUUAACCACCUUCAGCCUUUUCACCAUCUUCAAUGUUGCGGCAGCCGUUUCAGCCAAUUUCGCUUCGCUGAUCAUUUUCAGAGCUUUGGCCGGAAUGUUCGGCGCUGCACCUCUUACUAACUCUGGAGAGGUUGUGGCUGAUCUAUACGAUGCGGAAACGAGAGGACUUGCCGCGGUCUUUUACUCAUGCGCCACCUUCCUCGGGCCUGUCCUCGGUCCCAUCGCAGGGGGAUUCCUUGGGGAGACUCAAGGCUGGAGAUGGAUCGAGGGCUUGCUGUCAUUUUACUCGGGAAUUAUGUUAAUCCUCGGUAUCGUUGCUGUUCCCGAAACCUUCAGCAUCGUUCUUCUUCGGCGAAGAGCCGCUAUGCUCUCGAUGCAGACGGGAAAAUUCUAUGUUACAAUUGAUCAUCAUCGCAACCCUCCAGGGUCUCUAAUGAAGAGAUUCCAGGAAGCGACGAGCCGUCCUUUGCGCCUGCUCUCCAAAGAGCCUUUAGUUAUUCAAGUCCGCGGAUGGAGCCCAGGUGUUGCUGACCUUCCAUUCAUUUCCAUUGCAAUAGGCAUGUUUUUUGCAACAGCUUUUAUGGUCUUCAUCAACCGUCAAUACGCAAGAAGAUUUAGAGCAUCCCAGAGCGGCCAGCGCCCCCCGGAAGCACGCCUGCUUUCGGCCCAAGUUGGGGCAGUUUUCAUUCCCAGCGGUCUCUUUCUAUUUGCAUGGACUAAUUCUCCCUCGGUGCAUUGGGCUGUUUGUAUGGUGGGUAUCGCUAUGUUUGGAUGUGGCAAUAUCUGUGUCUCAUUAGCAUUGGUCAACUAUCUCAUCGAUACCUAUGUGGCCUAUUCGGCCUCAGCUCUUGCCGCUGCGACGGUAAUGCGAUCACUUUGUGGGGCGGUGUUUCCGCUUUUCACAACGUAUAUUGUACCGGGCUUUCUGUCCCUGGCUUGCCUUCCAGCUGCAUUCUUAUUGUCCAGGUAUGGACCCCAGAUACGCCAACGUUCCAAGUUUGCUAUCGCGAUGAGCGAGGAAAGGUAG